UAAUGUAUUAUUAAUUAACAAAGUAGAAAAAAUGAAAAUAAUCAUUUCAAAUGAUAAAAUUUAGUAUAUUCAUCUUUCAUUUUUUUGCUUUCUUAAUAUAUGUAGAAAAAUAAUCACAUUUUUGUGUCGUGUACUUUAUCUCCAGUUCUCCACCUAUUUUGACUGACAUCGACUGAUCAUUGGCUUACAUAUACAAAUACAAGUCCUCUGCUAAUCUCAUCACCAUUUAAACAUACAAACACAAAACAAAAACAUGAAGUUCUCUGCAACAACAAUGAAGAUUGCUCUAUUUCUUCUUUGUUUAAUAGCCGUCCAAACAAUGGCCGAACAGUUCGAAGAGAAAACUGGUGAAAUCCCACCAAUCCCAUCGGAUCCUACACUAGAUCCUCCUCCUCCAAGCCCAUCCUCUAACAUCGAGAACACCAUGUUUAUGCCUGAAAACAGUUUCUUCGAUGACAUCACCAUGCUAUUGUCCCCUGAACCAGAAACCUAAGCUGGAAUGAUCAUAAAAUAUUAUUAUGAAUGAGAUAUCAAUGCAAUUAGCUUAUAUUUUCAUAUGAGUGCAAUAUGCAAUAUUUAUUAUAUAAAUAAGUAAAAAAAAAACAUUUCCUCAGUUAUUAUUUUGACUGUCACUUCGAACAAAUUAUUCAUCUUAGACCCAAAACAUAUUCAUCAAAACCAACAUAUGUUCACAGCUACAUGCAAUAUGACGUCAAGGUAUCUGUUCACAAAUAAAUUCUCUGUUAAUAAAAUAAGGUACGGAAUUUAAAAAAGCCCAAUAGUGACUAAUUUUCAAUAAAGCUUGUUAAUGGGCCAAAACAAGGCCUAUACAUAAAAACAAGCCCAUGAUCUAUCAUAAAUUAGUAGUAGUUGACGAGAACGUACGGUCGCAGGAGAGAUUCCAAUCGAACACGGGAGAAAAUGGCGAAGCCUCUAGGUACCACCGGCGAGUUCUUCCGGCGAAGAGAUGAAUGGAGGAAGCAUCCGAUGCUUUCGAACCAAAUGAGACACGCUCUUCCCGGUCUCGGCAUCGGCGUCGCGGCCUUCUGCGUGUACCUCGUGGGUGAGCAGAUCUACAGCAAAGCUUUGGCUCCUUCCAAAUCAUCAUCCCACCACAAUCAGAAACAGCCUGCUCCCUCUCACUGAAUACCAUCGAUCUUCUUCUUCGAUCAGAUGCUCCAAACAGUGGCACAAGUUGAAGGCAAGGCUUCUUGUUGGCUUGUCUUACUGGCUUUCUUGGCUUGUCUUAAUAAUGUUGGCUGUGUUGUUGCGCACAACAAUUUUAAUUUCUCUGUUGAACUUUAAAUUUUGUUGGGAUUAAACGUUCUUUGUCUCUCCCACAAGUUAUGUUUUGCUUCUAACCUGGCGUUGAAUGUUGCUUUGUAUUGUGGGAUUGUCUUUGCAAUUGUGACUUGUUGUGAGUAGACACUCAGAUAAAACUGCGUCGUGUUGGAGAUGGUAGCA